UUCCGGAGGGCCGAGUGAGCUGUGGGGAUGUUAUGUCCUCUCGCAGGGUAGUCUCACAUUAUAGAGUCCACAGUCUGUCACAGCACGUCUCUCCAUCUUAUCGAAGGACUCAGUGAUGGGGCACUGGAGCUGACUCGGAAAGAAAUCACCAAGAAUGGAAGGUAUCUGAGAGGACACGGAGGUCAGAGGCACCAGGAAGAGACCCAGCCAGCAAGCUAAGCUCCCCAGACUGGGAAGUAACCGCCACUUAACCCCCCAGCAUAGAUGGGGGGUUAAUCCCGGGGUCUCAAUGUCAGGAAGUGCGGCCGCUGCUGCCGCUGCCCUAACACAGUUGAUGCCCCAUAGCAUCAACUGAUUCAAGAAGGCCGUGGCAGACAUGGCCACAGUGGUACACUUAGCCUCCUCCUUGUCCUCCAAGUAGACCCUAUGUGGCUCUGUAUAAGGUUGGGGAAGCACUUCAGUCUGGGGCUCCCCAGAUGAAGAGACUGAGGCUGGGGCAGACGCCAGAACAUUUGUGUGUCAGGCUGGUGGCCAUGUUGCUCUUGGUGGUAAUUUUCCUCCCGAGUACAUUCUGUGACACGGGAUCCGUGUAUUACUCUUCCUAUGAAACGGUCAUCCCCAAGAGGUUGCCAGUCCAGGGGACUGAAGACCCCGGAGGAAGGGCGUCCUACCUGCUGCUGAUGCAGGGCCAGCGGCAGCUGCUUCACCUGAAGGUAAAGGGAGACUACUCCGUGAACAACUUCCCAGUCUACAGUUACCACGAUGGCAUCCUGGGGCAGGAGAUGCCGCUCCUCUCACAGGACUGCCACUACGAAGGCUACAUGGAAGGGGUGCCGGGCUCCUUUGUUUCCGUCAACAUCUGUUCAGGCCUCAGGGGCGUCCUGAUGAAGGAGGAGACCUCGUACGGCAUCGAGCCUGUGCCCUCCUCCAAAGGCUUUGAACACAUCCUGUACACCUUGGCACAUCAGCCUCAGGGCUCCUGCAGUGUCACUCCCAAAGACAGCCCCGGGGACAGCAGCCAGCAGCAAGGGAGCAGGAAGCCCGAUGACCUGCAGGAGCUGUCUGACGUGUGGUCACACACCAAGUAUGUGGAGAUGUUUGCUGUGGUCAACCACCAGCGGUUCCAGAUGUGGGGCAGCAACGUCAACCUGACGGUCCGGGCAGUAGUGGACAUCAUUGCUCUGGCCAACAGCUUCACCAGGGCACUAAACACAGAGGUGGUGCUGGUGGGCAUGGAAAUCUGGACAGAGGGGGACCCGAUAGAGGUCCCCGUGGACCUGCAGGCUACACUGAGGAAUUUCAACCGCUGGAGACAGGAGAAGCUGGUGGACCGGGCCAGGCACGAUGUCGCACACUUGAUCGUCGGGCAUGACCCAGGACAGAAUGAGGGCCAGGCGUUUCUGGACGGUGCCUGUUCAGACAUGUUUGCAGCAGCUGUGGAGGCCUUCCAUCACGAAGAUGUCCUGCUGUUUGCAGCGCUCAUGGCCCACGAGCUGGGACACAACCUGGGUAUCCAGCACGACCACCCGGCCUGCGGCUGUGACCCUAAGCGCUUCUGUCUCAUGCAGGAGAAUAUCACCAAGGACAGUGGCUUCAGCAACUGCAGCUCUGACGACUUCUACCGCUUCCUCCAUGACCACAGAGGGGCCUGCCUGCUUGACCAGCCUUGGCGCCAAAGCCGCAAGCGCAGAGCUUCCCGUUGUGGAAACGGUGUGGUGGAGGAGCCGGAGGAGUGUGACUGUGGCAGGGUCUGUGACAGUAACCGGUGUUGUGAUGAAAACUGUAAAUUUAAGGGGGGCGCACAGUGUAAUAAUGAGCCUUGCUGUUCCCGAUGUAAAUUUAAAAAGAUGGGACAGGUUUGUCGUCCUGCUGAUGGAGCAUGUGACCUGGACGAGUUCUGUAAUGGGACCUCUGCAGUAUGUCCUGAGGACAGGAAAGUACAAGAUGGCUCUGUAUGCCACGAAUUACACUUUUGUUUUAAGGGUCACUGCCUGGACCCUAGCUCUCAGUGCUCACGUAUUUUUGGGUAUGGUGCACAGUCUGCCUCAGAUGCAUGCUACAGCUCUCUGAACAGCAAAGGGGACCGGUUUGGAAACUGCGGCCUUUCUUCUGAGUCUCCAAGAACGUAUGUCAAAUGUUCAGAUCAAAAUGCGAUGUGCGGGAAACUUAUAUGUACAGAAUUAGGCUUCUUACCACCCAUCAAAGACAAACACAUACUGAUCCAGGUCCCUCAUACCGUGGACUGGUGCUGGAGCAUGGAUGCUUCGGAUGAUGAGACAGAAGGCGCCGACGAAGGAUAUGUGAAGGACGCAACUAACUGUGGCACGCACAGAGUUUGUAACAAUUUCCUUUGUGAAGACCACUCGCGCAUCAUGUUCCCCUCCCCCACCUCCUGCAGUGCGGAUCUCUCUUGUAAUGGACAUGGAGUUUGCAAUGAUUUAGGGAACUGCCAUUGUUCAUUUGGAUUUGCACCCCCUGACUGCAAAAAUGAAGGAACCGGAGGCAGUGUGGACAGUGGUCCCAUCACUCAACCAUCGAAUGAAAAUCCUACAGGAGAUGUGGGUCUAAAUCCUAACGAGCUAGGUGAAAAGGAUUUGGCACUUAACUUAAAGCUGAUAGUUCUGGUUGCCAUUUUGAUACUCAUAAUCCUCUUUAUAACCAUAUGCAUCAUGCUUGCCUACAAUAAGUCAGAGCUGCCUUCUGAAGCAGAGCCUUCCGAGUCAGAGAAGGUUCCAGAAGGGACUGAAGAGGAAGAGGAAGAGGAGGAAGAGGAGGAGGGAUCAAAAGAGGGAGAAGAGGAGGAGGAAUAAGUAGAGAGGAACAUAAAGCCAAUAACUGAGCCUUCUGCAGCCCUAAGAAUGAGAGGCUCAGUACAGCAGAGGCUGUGGGAACUGAGAGCUGGGAGACUCUCGCUAGGACUCCAGGGCCUAAAGAUACACUGGAGGGAAGUAGGGGCCUCUGUCCUUACAGUCAGCUGAUGAGUGUGUUUACACAGUCAGUAUUUCAGUACUUCAGUUUUCAAUUUCAUUUGAACUUGUCACAUAUAUCUUUGGACAUUCAUGUUCUUGUAUCUUUGGGCUAAUUCUUUUGGUCACCAGAAACUGUAUUUUAGGACAUGCUUCCUUCCACACAGAUUGUCUGGCGAUCCUGAAUUUAUCACUAUGCCCAGGAUUUUCAUUCCAAGUAACAACUAUCUAUUCUGUAAGGGCAAUUUCCAUGACUUUCAUUGUUCUAACUUGACCAAAAGUAUAUAUGGGAGGGGUGAGUCUCUAAGUAAAACUGCUAACAUUA